GCGCAUGCGUACUGUGGGCGCCGGUGCGGGACUGCUGGCGCCGGCUGCACCCGAAGCGGCUGGAGGCGGUGGCCACGGUGGUGGCCAAGGCGGCCCGUAGCGCGCUACGCUGCAGGGGGCUGCCGUAGCCGCUUCCGUGCAAGGAAGAAGAAAGCUCCGUCGACGGUCCCUUCCUCACUUUUGGAAAUGGCAGGUGAAAUCACAGAGACUGGGGACCUCUACUCUCCCUAUGUUGGACUGGUGUACAUGUUUAACCUCAUCGUGGGUACCGGCGCGCUCACCAUGCCCAAGGCCUUCGCCUCUGCCGGGUGGCUUGUCAGCCUGGUCCUGCUGGUGUUCCUGGGCUUCAUGAGCUUUGUGACGACUACCUUCGUGGUGGAGGCCAUGGCCGCAGCCAACGCGCAACUCCGCUGGAAGAGGAUGGAAAACCACCAGGAGGAAGAGGGGGACGACAGCUCCUCCACAGCCUCGGACAGUGACGGUCUGGCCCAGGACAGCUACGAGCGGGCGGAGACGCGGCCCAUCCUGUCCGUGCAGAGACGCGGGUCUCCGAACCUUUUUGAAAUCACAGACCGGGUGGAGAUGGGACAGAUGGCCUCCAUGUUCUUCAACAAAGUGGGGGUCAACCUGUUCUACUUCUGCAUCAUCAUUUACCUGUACGGGGACCUGGCCAUCUACGCCGCGGCCGUGCCCUUCUCCCUCAUGCAGGUGUCCUGCAGCGCCGCUGGCAACGACUCCUGCGGCGUGGAGGCCGAUGCCAAGCACAACGACACGGACCAGUGCUGGGGGCCCCUGCGCCGGGUGGACGCCUACCGCAUCUACCUGGCUGUCUUUACUCUCUUCCUGGGACCCUUCACCUUCUUUGACGUCCAGAAGACCAAGUACCUGCAGAUCCUGACCUCUGUGAUGAGGUGGAUCGCCUUUGCCGUCAUGAUCGUGCUCGCCCUGGUCCGCAUCGGGCGCGGGCACGGGGAGGGGCGCCCGCCCCUGGCCGACCUCUCCGGGGUCCGGAACCUGUUCGGGGUGUGCGUGUACUCCUUCAUGUGCCAGCACUCCCUGCCGUCCCUCCUCACGCCCGUCUCCUCCAAGCGCCACCUCACGCGCCUGGUCUUCCUGGACUACGUGCUGAUCCUCUCCUUCUACGGCCUCCUCUCCUUCACCGCCAUCUUCUGCUUCCGCGGCGACAGGCUGCUGGACAUGUACACCCUCAACUUUGCGGGCUGCGACAUCGUGGGUGUGGCCGCCAUACGCUUCUUCUUGGGCCUCUUCCCCGUCUUCACCAUCAGCACCAACUUCCCCAUCAUCGCCGUGACCCUGCGCAACAACUGGAAGACACUCUUCCACCGCGAGGGGGGCACAUACCCCUGGGUAGUGGACCGCGUGGUGUUCCCCACCAUCACACUGGUGCCCCCGGUGCUGGUGGCCUUCUGCACCCACGACCUGGAGUCUCUGGUGGGCAUCACGGGGGCCUACGCGGGCACCGGCAUCCAGUACGUCACCCCGGCCUUCCUGGUGUACCACUGCCGCAAGGACACCGCUCUGGCCUUCGGCCGAGGGACCGCCAACAAGCACAGGUCGCCCUUCCACCACACCUUCUGGGUGGGCUUUGUGCUGCUCUGGGCCUUCUCCUGCUUCUUCUUCGUCACAGCCAACAUCGUCCUUAGUGAGACCAAGCUCUGAUGGCAGGUGUGUCUGCUGACCAGUGGGGUGGGGCCAGGGCAGCCCUGCUUUGCCCCUCUGUCUGCAGAGCCCAUGUCUGGUUGCCUCCCCGGGCUCCAAGGGACGGACAAGGCCCAGACUCUGGGCGGGACCCUCCAGCCGGGGAUCCUGUCCCCGCCCAGGCUUCCUGUGGCACAGCCUGCACCUGCCCUGGUCUCCGCCCGGGGCUGCUCCCAGCCCGGGGAGCCGCACAUGGGUGCUUGGCACCCCCAGAUUCUGGGACGGGUUCCUGGAUGCGACCCCUCUGCUGUACGCACACGCCCGCCACCUGCUCCCGCUGGGGUGGGCUCCUCUCCCCGAGCAGUAGGUGCGCAGCGCUGGCACUGCCACUAUUUAUACUAGUAGCCGUAUCCCCGCCCUCCCGGCACCCUCCCCCGUCCUUGUCUGCAAAAUCCACUCCACUGGAAGCUGCCUCCUCAGGACGCUCCCGGGCCCAGCCCCCGCCCCACUGGGCCUGCUGCAGACGCGCAGGGCCCACCUUCCCGCCAGGCCUAGAGUAGCCUACUGCCCUGCCUGGCCUGCCCUGGUGACGAGAACAGGAGGUGCUACUUGGCACCACGGUCCCCACAUGGGGUCUGUGAGGGCCCUGCUGUGGGCGCCAGCUCCUGUUCUGGGCUGAGCUCGCGAUGACUCAGGAGCAGCCCUUCCAUGGGCACAGCAGCUCGUGACCCCCAAAGGGAGUCCUCUGCUCUUGGGCUGACCUGCUGGAGCUCUUGGGGCCUCCUGCGGUGUGGGGGUUAAUGGGCAAGGGCCACUAAAGGGGAGCCACACCCCCUGCCGCUGCAGUGACUGGAGAGUGCCCCGGGCCAUGGCCGUGAGUGGCCUUCGUGAUGGUUCCCAUCCUGUGGGAGGCCCCCCUCCCCCACCGUCCCUGCACCAACACUAAACACGCCUCCUUGUCCAGCCAGGCUGCUGGGCUCUGUGUUCACACACUUCACAUCCCUUGGGCGCCAUGGGGUGAGGUGGGGUACCGGCCACCAUUCCCAAGGAAAGAGGCCCAGGUCCCGCCACCUUGCCAGCCCUCCGUGACCCCUGCCCUGCCACAAUCAUGCACCUUCAGGGCAGCCUUCCUCGGAAACGGCUGACUGAUGGAAUCUUUUCAAUGUGCCUUCUGCCUCAGGACUUGGGGCUCCUUCCUGCCCCAGCUGGGCACCUGGCCCCACCUGGCCUGGAGCCCAGAGCAGUGGGGCCUGCAGCCACCUCUCUGGGUGGGAUCUUGGGCCCCUGCCCCGUUCUCUUUUGAUUUCAGUGCCUUGCUGAGCCCUCGGCAGGAAACCUGUAGCCUCCCUUUGCACAGCAUCAGCUUCAUGCCUUGCACAGAGUGGCCAUGCCCCUUCUCCUGGGGCCCACGGUGGUCUUGGGAGGGCAGAGGGGCACGCGGGACUCGCAGGAACAUGGGGCGUUUACAGGAUACACUUCCCCCGCCUUUGGCCUCAGCCACCCCAGCCUGUGAGAACCUGGUGUCAUAAUCAGCCACGAUCUGCUUUCUCACCGAGGUCACACAUUUUCAGUUCCCAUCUUGUCCCUAGGUGUCAUCAUUUCCCAUUUACCUGAAAAAUAGACGCCCCUUCUCCACCUGCCAUCGUGGCUUCUUCCCAGGAAGCCUACCCAAGGUGGGCAGAGCAGUGGGGGGCUCUGAGGUGGGCCAGCCCUGUGGCUCGAGCCCUCCCUGGAGCUGCCCCACUGUUUGCUGAAAACUCAGUUAAAACAUCUGUACUUACCUUUCUCAAAUCACGUUCCCUUUUGCUUAAGGACAAAGCAAAUUAAAUCAUCCUGCUUCCCCAGGCUCCAGGCCAAAUUUUGGAUGUGAAU